UUAUCGUGCCCACUUGUGUAUGGAAGAAAACAGAUGCGGAAAGAGACCGCAGUUUCCAAUUAAACUACGUUGGUUUUCUUUUUUGGUGAAUCUCAAGGAUGCUUCUUUGAUUCACCCUUUUAACCCCACAAAACCAAACAUCAUUGGUCUCAGAUCCCACGAACCCAUCAUCAUACCACUCUUUGCAGUUUGUGCCACCAAAGUUUUUUUUUCUUUUUUUUUCUGUCUCUGCUUGAUGAGUUCAACGAAGUUGUCGUGGUCAAGAAGAACGUAGCUUUUUGAAUCGGAGAGAGAGACAGUAGUUUAUGAAUUUAAACCAAUCACUCCUUCGAACCCCAUUAUCCACAGUGUAAAGUGCCCAACUAUGCAUCUGAUGUAGAUUAUAAAAAUCUAAACUUUCAUGCCCACACACACAAUCUGACCCAGAUAGAUAUGUAUAGGAGGGGAGAGGAAAUUGUGUUUUCUGAUUUAAUCAUGAGUAUAAGAUGGGUUAUACUUUAUUGUUGUUUUUUUUUCUUUCUACGUAGGUUGAGAUAUUGUUUCAGUUAUCGAUUCAUCCCUUGUUUUUGUUUUCCCGUUUCCUUCUCUAAUUUCUUUGUCCUGGCUGAGUUUUUUGUUUUGAGCCCGAGUUUCUAGAUUUUGACUUGUUUGGAGGAUUUUUUUUCUUUGAUUUAUUUUGAUUGACUGAAUAUGAUUCCUCGCCCUUUGAGAUGUGGACUUGUGUGAAGAGUUUUUCUUUAUCUCUGUCAAAAUGGAAACUUAAGAUUGACUCUGAAAACCAGACUUUUCGAGUGAAUCAAUAGAAGCACUGAACCGGGGUCGCUUCUAUCUUAUUUCACAAAAAAUCACUGAAUCAGAACUGCACUAGAAUUGCAUAGUCAACACCUCUUGGCUUUGCUAGUUUCUCUUGUAAAUUCAAGGGCCGGGUAGGAUCCAUCUUUGAUUCUUGGUAGAAGGUGGCUUUGCUGGAUCCUGUUGUAAAAGAAAAGAUUUUAAACUGUUAAAGUUGCAGUAAAAAUAAUAAACAAUUUAAAUUUUGAAGCACAUCAGAUAUAGCAGACAAGGAAACUGAAAAGUGUGUGUAUAUAUAUAUAUAUAUAAUUUAAGAAGAUUCUGUCCAAAAAGGCUGCUAUUUAUUGUUUGAAAACUGAUGGUGCCAUUAUUGUUAACAGGAAUAGUUAGUUAGCUCAUAAAGGGGGAAUUCUUCGGUGAUCAUCUAUUUAAUCUGGUCCAGCUAAGGGAUCAUUGAAGGCCAAGUUGGUUAAAUACUGAGGAGAUUGUAUUUUGGAGAGGUAAAAUUUGAUCAGCAGCAUGGGAUCUUUCAAGGGUCAUGCUUUGCCAGGGACACUGUUUCUUGUAAUUGGGUUGUGGCACAUAUGGGGCUCUGUGGUGAGAUAUGUUCGUAAUCCUAAGAAAUUUGAAGUGAGGGUUUGGAAUCCCGUGCCAGGGUUUGACGGGAGGCUCAAGCACCUGGAGCUGUAUGUUAUUACAAUCGGUGCUUUCAUUGACAUGUGCAUCGAGCUCUUGUAUUCAACUCACCUCAAGUUUUUUGUUAAUGGGGUCCUUAAUCCUUCUCAUAUGAAUGACUUUGAGCACUCAGGAAUGCUUCUCAUGUUUUUCAUCUUCGGUGUCGUUGCCUUACUUUCCCAAGAGACCAGAUUUCUUCCAUUGCCAGAAGGUGCUCUUUGUUUGAUUGCAGCCUCAGCAUUCUGUGCAGAGUACCUUCUAUUCUACUUCCACUCAACAACACACAAGGGUCUGGAGGGCUAUUAUCACACCCUCCUUGUCUUCCUGGUGGGACUCUGCAUUUUAUCUUCAAUUGCUGGAGCCCUUUUGCCAACAAGCUUUCCAGUGGAUUUAUGCAAUGGCAUUGCUAUAGCACUUCAAGGUUUUUGGUUCUAUCAGACUGCAUUUGUUCUGUAUGGCCCUAUGAUGCCAAGUGGCUGUAAGCUUGGGGAGAUGAGUGUCACAUGUCAUUCUGCUGAUAGUGAGGUUCGGGGUGAAUUGCUUGCUAACUUUCAGCUCUUUGUUGCUGUUCUUGUGGUCCUUGUGGGAACUGUGGUAUCAUAUGGCUUUGCUGCAUCAAGAUAUGGGAAGUAUGAAGUUAAGAGUUUGCAUGAAUUUCAGGUUGGAUUUGAUGAGGAUUGAAGCAGUGUUGCUAGUUUUUUUCUAGAGAUAGUGGUGAUGUAUUUGGAGAGUAGUUUCUUAUUGACACGGCUGUAUAACGAUGAAGUGAAAAGGUUCAUGCAUAUAUGAUCACAGAAAAAAUGAAAAGUACCCCAAGAGAGAAAAAAAAAUAGAUAGAUUUUUGUGGUGACAAUAAUUUUAGGAAUCUGAUGUUAAAGUAACUUUGGAUUGUUUUUGAGGUAUAUGAUUACAAAAUGAUUUUUGCUGAUUACAAAA